AUGACCACUACCACUACAAAUAUUACUCUGCUUCCAGCUCAAGAAGCUAUAAGCGAAAAAAGUCUUUCAAGUGAAAAUGGUGGUGUUAACGAUUCACGAAAUAAAUAUUUAAAACGAACAAAAUCAAAAAUAAGAAAUAGAAUUCCAAUUUGUAAAGACCGUCAAAUAUUUGUCAAUAUACCUAUACCUGACCGUAAAGGUCAACCAAAGGGUAAAUAUGUCUCAAACAAGAUCGUCACUUCAAAGUAUAAUAUAUGGACUUUUCUUCCAAAAAACUUGUUCGAACAAUUCCGGAGAGCCGCCAACAUGUAUUUCUUAAUAAUGGCUGUUCUUGGAAUGAUACCUGCCAUUAGCACAAAUUCCCCUGUUUUGACUUUACUUCCUCUUUCAACUGUUGUGUUUCUUACUGCUUGUAAAGAUGCUGUGGAAGAUUUGAAUCGUCAUCAAAUUGAUGAUAAAUAUAAUAGUGCUACUUGCUAUCUUUUACAAAAUUUUAUUAAUGUAAAUUAUCCCGAUCAAAAAAAACUUUCUCUAUGGAAAUCUUUAUUACUUAGAAUAAACCUUUUUUUUAACUGGAACAAAUUAAAACCUCGGAAUCCUCAAAAUUCUAAUAUCAAUGAUGAUAUUCCGUUUAAACCUUCAAAUGAAAUAAAUGGUCAACCUGACUUUAAAAAAGUUAUGUGGAAAGAUGUUCGUGUUGGUGACUUUUUAUUUCUCAAAAAUGGUGAUGCUGUACCCGCUGAUGCCAUAAUUUUAUCAACUUCUGAGCAAAAUGGUACUUGUUACGUAGAAACUAAAGAUCUUGAUGGUGAAACUAAUCUUAAACCUCGUAGAUGUGUUUCUACUGAUGCUUUAAAUCAUAUCAAAUCUCCUGAAGAUUGUUCAAAAGCUAUGUUUUGGGUUGAUUCUGAACCUCCAAAUUCUAAUCUCUUCAGUUAUAAUGCAAAAUUAACCGUAGUCUCCGUUUUACCCGAAAUGGAUCCAUUACAAGAUCAAGAUUUCACUUCUAUCACUUCUGAAAAUCAAAAUCCUAGAAUAAAAUCAAAAACCGCUAUCCCUGUUGAUAUAAAUAAUUUAUUAUUACGUGCUCAUGUUAUUAGAAAUACUGAAUGGGUCAUUGCUAUAACUGUUUUUACCGGUAUCGAAACUAAAAUUAUGCUUAAUUCUGGUGAAACUCCAAGUAAGAGAAGUAGAAUAGAAAAAGAAAUGAAUCAGGAAGCUUUUUUUAUUUACAAUGACCUUGAAAUGUGGGAUGAUGAUGCUGAGAUUCCAUGUGUUCCAAAAUCAUGGAAUCUUUCAGAUGAUCUUGGUCAAAUUGAAUAUAUAUUUUCUGAUAAAACUGGAACUUUAACACGUAAUAUAAUGGAAUUCCGUCAAUGUUCUAUUGGUGGUAAAGUAUAUGGUCGAAAUGGUUGGGCUGAUAAAACUGACGCUAGUAUCGGAAAAGAAAUAGCUCAAGGUGGUAAUAAAUUUAAUGAAGGAAUUUCUGAUAACAAAAAAAAUGAGAUUUGGGAUCAAUAUUUACUUGAAAUGAAAAAUAUAUUUAAUCCAAAAUAUUCAAGUACUGAUCCUAAUUUCUUGACAUUCGUGGAUCCGGAUAUAUUUAAAGAUUUACGUGCUGAGAAAACUAUUGAUGAGGAUGGUGAAUUUAAUAUUGAUGAUAAUUUAGAUAAACAAAAAAAAGCCCGACUUGUUAGAGAAUUUUUUACGUUAUUGGCUGUAUGUCAUACCGUAGUUGUAGAUAAAAUUACUAAUGAAUCUGACAGUGAAAAGAGUAUUAGUGACAAAGACAAAACAUCCGUAGAUGAUAUACAAUCAGAUCAGACAAACGAUCCUAAUUUAAAUCCAGUAGAAGAAAAACUUUCGCCAAAUAAUUCACCUUUUAAUUUAAGAAAAGUCAAACAUUCGAUUUCAAAUAUCAAAUCAUCUUUUAAAGGGUUCGAAUCAGUGGCAAGUUUAGUAUCUCCUUCAGCAAACAAAGGGAAAAAAUCUGAUCCAAUUGAUAAAACAUUGGUACAUAACCUUGUAUAUAAAGCUGAAUCUCCAGAUGAGGCUGCUUUAGUUUCUGCUGCAAAAAAUGUUGGAUUCGCCUUUUUGGGUCGAACAACUGAAUCAAUGACUAUUGACAUUUUUGGUCAAGAACACGUUUUUGAUAUAUUAAAUGUUUUGGAAUUUAAUUCUUCACGUAAAAGAAUGAGUAUAAUAGUUCGUCGUCCUGAACAAUUAGGUGGUGGCAUAGUACUAUUUUGUAAGGGUGCGGAUAACAUUAUCUUUGAACGUUUAGCCAACGGUCAAGAAGAAUUAAUUGAAAAGACUUCUGCUGAUAUUGAUGAUUUUUCUAAUGAAGGUCUCAGGACAUUGACUUUGGCAUAUAGAGUACUGAAUGAAUCCUAUUAUAAUUCCUGGUCAUCAAAAUAUCAAGAAGCAUCAACCUCCAUUCAUGAUCGUUCUUCGAGAAUUGAUGCUUGUUCCGACGAAAUUGAAAGGGAACUUAUCCUCUUGGGUGCUACUGCAAUUGAAGAUAAACUUCAAGAGGGCGUUCCGGAUUGUAUAGCAAGUCUUCGAAGUGCGGGAAUUAAAAUUUGGGUUUUGACAGGUGACAAGUUAGAAACUGCUAUUAAUAUUGGGUUUGCAGCUCAUUUAUUGACAAAGGAAAUGAGACUAUGGAUUGUAAAAGGAAAAAAGGAUACUGUUAUAAAACAAUUUGAGAAUGUUUAUGCGUCUUUGAUAUCUGGUAAUGUUGAACAAAAAGAUGAUAUGGAACCCGUACAUCCUGAUGAUACACAUGCUUUUAUAAUCGAUGGUUCUGCUUUGACUCAUCUGCUGGACGAUGAAAAAGCACGUCAGAAAAUACUUGAAUUAUCUGAUCGUUUUCAUUCUGUAAUAUGUUGUCGAGUUAGUCCUUUACAAAAGGCCCUGGUGGUAGAAUUAGUUCGAACAGGAAAAAGGUCCACAACAUUAGCCAUAGGUGAUGGUGCAAAUGAUGUGAGCAUGAUUCAAGCCGCUAAUGUUGGUGUUGGCAUUUCGGGACAAGAAGGUGUGCAAGCGGCAAUGGCAGCUGAUUAUAAUAUUGCCCAAUUUCGAUACCUUAACAAACUUUUACUUGUACAUGGUCAUUGGGAUUACAUGCGUAUUUCAGAGAUGAUAUUAAAUUUCUUUUAUAAAAACGUAAUAUGGGUAUUUCCGGUAUUAUGUUUUGUACAACUAUAUAAUCUGUUUUUUACUGUCGCACCUGUUGUAGUUUUAGGGACAACUGAUCAGUCAGUUAGUGCAUUAUAUUGCUUAAAAUAUCCAAUCAUAUAUAGUUUGGGAAUAAGAAAAAUGCGUUAUUCUAAAAAAUUAUUUGCAAUAUAUUUUCUUGAUGGAAUAUGGCAGUCACUGGUUGUAUAUUUCACAUUUUAUUCUAUAUAUUCAAUAUCUACUAAUGUCACCACGUCAGAAGGGUACGAUGCUGGUAACAUCGAGUUUUCAACCGCAGUUGCUAUAACUGUAGUUGUUAUUGCAAACCUUUCUGUUUGCUUUAACACAUAUCGUUGGAGUUGGAUAACAUGGGCAGUAAUAACUGUUGAACUUGUUUUUAUUUUUGUUUAUGUUCUUAUGUAUGGUCUUUUCCCAGAAAGUCCAAUAUAUGGAAUAGCUGAACAGUUAUUUAGUGAUGGUAUAUUUUGGUUUGGAAUGGCAUUUUCGAUUUUAUUAUCUGGUUUACCACGAUACGUAAUAACCUUUGCCAAACAAUGGUUUUAUCCGGAUGAUUUGGAUAUCGUUAGACAAAUAAGAGCAAGUGAUAUAAUAGCAAAGAAAAAAGCUAGAAAAGAAGAAUUAAAAAAUCAAAAGACUCAUCAAAAAAUAAUACCACCAAUAUUACAAGUAAUCGACCAAUCAGAUAACGAUAUUAUAAAUUCUGUACAACAAACAAACGAUUAG